GUUUAUAGUAGGUUCAACUGUUGUGCUGUGCGUUGUGUCUGUCUGCCACCAGCUGCCCAAAAGUUAACCACGUCGAGCGGCGAAACAAACAAUUCUAGUCACGCGUUUUGGGAGAUUCGUCAACACUCCGCCACCACCCGCAUCGCCUCGCCACCCACUGUCGUGAACAAUCAACAAAUACAAAGUAAACGCAAACGCAAACACAACACGCGCCACACAAUGGACGAACUGAAUGGCAUACUGCAAAAAACCAAAGAUAAAUCAACGCAAAAGGAGCAGGACGAGAUUCUGCUGCAGCCCUUUACGUACAUACAGCAAAUACCUGGCAAACAGUUUCGCUCUGAGCUGGCAUUGGCCUUCAAUCACUGGUUGCUCAUACCGGCCGAAAAGUUAACGCAGAUUGGCGAGAUUGUCCAAAUGCUACAUAAUUCCAGUUUACUCAUUGAUGAUAUUGAAGACAAUUCGAUACUUCGCAGAGGUGUGCCCGUUGCCCAUUCCAUUUAUGGCGUGGCCAGCACUAUCAAUGCGGCCAACUAUACACUGUUCCUGGCCCUAGAGAAGGUGCAGCAAUUGGGACAUCCAGAGGCGACAAAGGUGUAUACGGAACAAUUGCUGGAACUGCAUCGCGGCCAGGGCAUGGAAAUCUACUGGCGCGAUAGUUUUGUAUGUCCCUCCGAAUCUGAUUACAAACUGAUGACUGUACGGAAGACUGGAGGCCUGUUUAUGCUGGCCAUACGCCUUAUGCAGCUCUUUAGUGCCAACAAGGAGGACUACACAAAGUUAACAGCCAUUUUGGGCCUAUAUUUUCAAAUACGUGACGACUACUGCAACCUGAGUUUGAAGGAAUAUACGGAGAACAAGAGUUUCGCUGAGGAUCUCACUGAGGGCAAGUUUGGAUUUCCAGUCAUACAUGCAGUGCGUUCGCAGAAGCAGGACAAACAGGUUUUGCAUAUUUUGCGACAGCGCACGCACGACAUAGAGGUCAAGAAGUAUUGCAUUGGCCUGCUUGAAAAACUGGGCAGCUUUCAGUACACACGUAAAGUGCUCGAAUCGCUGGAUUUGGAGGCACGCGCCGAGUUGACGCGUCUGGGCGGUAAUCCCUAUUUGGAUAGGCUGCUCAAUAAGCUGUUGUCCUGGCAGACCAGCGAUAGUGCCAGCAUUACACAGUCGAACCAAAUCAAUCACAACAAUGUCACACGCAGUCCCAACCAGAACACGCUCAAUUGUAAUUAACAGCCAAAGAGGCAAAAGAGGGAGCAGUUGUGAAUUGCAAACGGCAUAGCCUAUGCCCGAGCCCGAGUCACCUCCUCUUUUGCUGCUAUUCCAAAAGCAAUGCAACAGCAACACCAGCAACAGCAACAUCAGCAACAGCAACAUCGGCAUCAUCAGCUGCAGCAGCAACAACAACAGCAGCAAUCAGCAUGCGUUAGUGCGCCACUGUUGCGAUUUUUGCGAAAAUUGAAAAUCUUCUAAGGUUUUAUUUUAUGCACUUGUUUCUAAUUUUGCCUCCCAAAGCUGCUACAGAGCAAACUGUUUGAUCAUUUAUUUAUUUAUUCCAAGAGGUUUGAUUUUGUAUCCCUCUUUGAACUCUAUACACAAAAAAAGAAAAUGAUUGAAAUGAUAUACAACUGUAAACUAAAACAAGCAGCAGCCUUACAAAAAUUGUUAAGCCAAAAGUUAAUUAAUAAGCCAAGCUUAUGAAGAGCUGUCAAAAAGCCAUAGCACCGCUUCCCAUGAAUUUGUUUAUGUUUUUAUAGUAAGUCCCAUAUAUUAUAAUUUCGUUUAUAUUAUAGGUUCUUAAUUGGUACUAGUAUGUAAAUAUAUAAGAGGUUCCUUUUUUUUGACUGUUAUAUUUCUAAAUGUAUUUUAUAUGCACGCCAUUUUUUCAAAAUUUCUAAAUGUCUCAUUAAUCACUUUCGAUCGAAACUUAAUGUGCACUUCCUUUAUCGACGUUGUUCCAUUUUACAUUUGUUACAAAAGUUCAGCUAUUAUACAAAAAAAAAAAACUAAAAAAAAACAAUUCAUAUGUAUUUAAUAACAAAUUGUUAACGUUUUAAGCAACAACAAAGAAACUUUGAAACUAUAUUUAAAAUGAUAAAAAGAAAAUGUUAAACUAUUUGCACUGCACAGCAGAAUUUUUUGCACUAUAUAUACACAUAUAUAUAUAUAAAUAUAUUUUUAUUGUAUACAUGGCACGUAAGCGAAAAACAACUACAAAUGCUGAAGAGAUAGCAACAGAUUUACUGUGAAAGAAUGGAGAAAAGUCGAGAAUUUAUUGUGCACGCCAGAAAUGCACCUCGUAAAACCUAUUGUGCGACUAACACACACACACACAUAUAUUGUCAUACACGAAAGUAUCUUUGAAAUAUUUAAAUAAAUAUUGUAUUUAUGAAU